AAAUACAAAAAAAAAAAAAAAAAAAAAAAGAAGGAAAACUCAACAGAGGGAGUGAGUACUAAAGACAAGAAUAAUGGAAUCAACAUCAACUCAUGUAAUAUCCAUUACGAAUGGAGAAGAGAAUAUUGCUCCAAGGAAGAAUAAUAAAACAAAAACAUUCCAUUUUUCUAUUUCAUUUCCACCCGUUUUUUCCCGUCUUAGAGAAAACAAAAUCCACUUCUCUCUUUUCUCCAUCGGUUCCAAUCUCAGGAAUAAGCAAAAGAAAGACACUAAAAGAAUUAUCCACAGCAUCAAAGUUGGGAUCUCCCUUGUUUUGAUUUCACUUCUGUAUCUCUUGGAACCUCUCUAUGAGCUAGUUGGAGAAAAUGCUAUAUGGGCUAUCAUGACUGUUGUCGUCACCUUUGAAUUUUCAGCAGGUGCUACGCUAGGAAAAGGUUUAAAUCGUGGAAUGGGAACUGUAUUAGGAGGUGGACUUGGUAUCAUGGCCGCAGUUUUGGCACAAAAACUUGGUGGGGUAGUUGCCAACCCGAUUAUCAUUGGUGCUUCUGUAUUUUUCUUUGGAACAAUUGCGACAUAUUUUCGAUUAUUCCCAAGCGUCAAAAAGAGAUACGAUUACGGAGUGAUGAUUUUGAUCCUCACUUUUAAUUUGGUUGUGGUGUCCGGUGUGCGCACUGAAGAUCAGAAAGUUUGGGAAAUAGCACGUGAUCGUCUUUUAACAAUUGUCAUGGGUUUCGUUGUGUGCAUUAGUGUGAGCUUGUUGGUCUUCCCCUUGUGGGCCAGCGAUGAACUUCAUGAUUCCAUUGUCACUAGAUUCCAAGGCCUUGCCCAUUCAUUACAAGUUUGCUUGGAGGAAUAUGUCAAAUUUGGUACUGAAAAAGAAAAUAAGCCUGCUGCUAACUUCACUAUUUGCAAGUCGUUGUUGGACUCCAAAUCAAAGGAUGAGUUACUGGCAAAUUUCGCAAAAUGGGAACCCUGGCACGGAAAAUUUGGAUUUUUCUACCCUUGGGAGAAAUACCUAAAGAUGGGAGAGGUUCUUGGAGAACUUGCAGCUAUUAUUCUUGCUGUAGGAGGUUGCCUCCAAGACUCAACUACGCCCAUGGCAUUGGCAUCAGCGAGUGAAUUGGAAUCAUGUGAAGCAAUUGGGUCAGGGAUUGUGUGGACUCUGCGAGAACUUGGAGACAGCAUGAAGCAAAUGAGGAAGUGUGAGGCAGAGUCUCACAUAUCAGCAAAGUUGAAGGCGGCGAGAGCAGAGCUAUUGGUGAUUUCCACGUCCAAGAUAGCAGCUAUUGAGAAUAUGGAUGCACUAGCAUUAACAAGCUUCGUGUUCUUACUCAAGAAAGUGGUGGACAAAGUAGAAGAACUCACCAAAGAGGUGGAACAAGUUGGAGAUAUUGCUGGUUUUCGAGCUCAUUCAACACUAUAGUCUCUUCGUAGCUAGACUCUAUGCAUAUGCAUGUCCAUUACACCAGAUGCACUACUUUUGCAUUUGGUGGUUAAAUAAUAUUUUUUUUUACUAAACAUCAUUAACGGUUUAAUCUCUUUUAAAAAUCAGCAACUAAAACCUUUUUUGACAUAGUGAUACAUUUUUAGUUGCUUUGAGGCAUGCGUGAAUGUGAGAAAAAUAAUCAGUAUCCUUACUUUUCAAGCUAUUUAGCUCAUAUAUUUUAUAACCACCCCUCAAAUUCUAGUAAUAGAGUGCUAAAUGACCAGAUAUCCACAUCAACAUAAAAUAGUUUAAAUGGCCGCCAACAAGCAGAGUGCGGUUCUCUAUGAUUGACUCCGUUUGAAUUAAGAAUUUCAGCUUUUAAAUAAGGUAUACCUAUACUUAUUGAACAACUACACAAAAAAUUCAUGUUCACAGAGAAUAAACUUCAACAUCUAAGAAAAGAAAGAAGUAUAAGAAAAGCAAGGCAAGAAAUCAUCUUCCAACAUAGGAUAAGUGCUUAUUAUUCAAUACAGGAAGGUGGAUGAAGACAAAACAUGGAGAUUGCAACUUGAUAAGAAAGAGAUUAAAAAAUGAAAAGCAGUGAAGAAGACUGAAACGGUCAAACCUGGCCACAAAAUAUAAACGUUGGUUACAGAAAUUAAUGAAAGAGCAUAAGAAAGAUGGGCAUUUCUUCAGAAAUUGCAGCAGCUGCAAUUAUAUUUUUGUGCCUGUGGAGUGUUGCAGACAGCGUUCCCAACACCAACAUCACUACGAUUCUGUGCAACGUUGGGACGUACACCUCAGGUGAUCCUUUUGCUUUGAGUUUAUCCUAUGUUGUUGAGGAAUUGGAGACAGAGACUCCAACUCGGAAAAAUUACGAUUACUACAACAUUUCUCCUUAUCCUAAUGCCUUUGCCAAUGGACAUGCUGCUUGCAACCUUAAUUUGACUUCCUCUGACUGCAAAACCUGUCUUGGUGUUGCCAAAACGACCGUGUUCAGCGGAUGUCCCAAACGCAUAGGAGCUCGUUCGGUGCUGCAUGAUUGUACAAUCAGGUAUGAGCAGUACCCAUUUGAUGAUUAGAAGAGAUGCAUAAUUAUUGGACCUUUGUUUCUCAUGUUUCCUCCAGAAGGCUUUGUAACCAAUAAAUUUGUUUCUGUGCCACAAAUAUGGCUUACUUAUGAAGUAAAAAACAUUCAAUUUGCUUAUAUAAUGUUGGGUUAUGAAAAAUUUGGCAUAUAAUAAAAAAGGUCAAUCUGGUUUAUAUGCCUGCGUUGAUAUGCCAGAAUAUUUAACAUGCGAAUUGGUGUUGGAUAACAUAUAUGUAAAUAGGAUAACUGGAGAAGUUAAAUAUGGAAGCAUGUAUUAUAAAGAUUUAAUUUUGGAUAAAUUUUUCUACAAAUACUUAUGAAGAAAAAAAA